GAGGAAAAAACUUGAGAGAGAGAGAUGGGGAGAAGAGAGAAGGUGUUUCCCAUGGUGCUGUUUAGUAUAGCAGCACAUUGGUUGGUGUGUUGUUACAGGGCAGCCAGGAAGACGAGAGGUUAUGCUUUCUUACGUGGGAACUCAUGCGGACCACAACAAAUAUCCAGCCUGCACCCUAGCGUAACCAAGUGCCCUUCGAAGGGAGGGGCUCAAACCCUGGUGUGUGACAUCCAGGGGACCCUCCUCAGGUCAUCCUCAUUCUUUCCUUUCUUCAUGUUAGUAGCUUUUGAAGGAGGCAAUCCCCUGAGGGCUCUGCUCCUACUCCUUUCCUUUCCCUUCAUAUGGUUCUUGGGCGACCAGCAUGAGCUCAGUUUAAGGAUCAUGGUGCUCAUCACCUUCUGUGGCCUGAGGACAAGGGACAUGGACACUGUGGCCAGGGCAGUUUUGCCCAAGUUCUACCUGGAGAACCUCAACCUUCAUUCUUAUGAGGUGCUGGCCUCCACCGGGAAGAGGGUGGUCAUCACCAGCUUGCCCAGGGUCAUGGUGGAAGGGUUUCUAAGGGAGUGUCUUGGGGUGAAUGAUGUUGUGGGGGCUGAGCUGCAGGUGGUUGGGGGCUACUAUACUGGUUUCGUUUCUCGGGGAGUUUCCAUGGCUGUGAAGCAUACUGCAAUUAACGAACUCUUUGGUAAUUCAAAGCCUGAUGUUGGACUCGUGAGUUCAUGCAACCCACAUGACCACCUCUUGAUCUCCCACUGCAAGGAAAUAUAUGUGAGCAGCGGUACAGGCGCAGUGAUGCCAAGAGAAAAAUACCCAAAGCCCUUGGUAUUCCAUGAUGGCAGACUGGCCUUCCUGCCCACUCCUCUGGCCACUCUGUCCCUCUUCUUAUGGCUCCCAUUAGGACUAACCCUAGCAAUCAUCCGGGCCCUUAUCGGCAUCCUCCUUCCUUACAACGCCGCAAUUAUUGCCGCGGCCCUCACCGGUCUCCACCUGAGAUUCCAAGGCCUGAGCACCAUCGAAACCACCACCAACAAUAAAAACACUCGCAGCACUGAAGGUAACAAGGGAGUCCUAUACGCGUGCAACCACAGGACCCUUCUGGACCCAAUCAUGGUGAGCACCGCACUCGGCAAGCCGGUCACGGCAGUCACGUACAGCCUGAGCAAAAUGUCGGAGCUAAUCGCGCCGGUGAAGACGGUGAGGAUGACGAGAAACCGGGAGCGAGACGCUGACACCAUGCGGCGGCUACUCGAUGACGGAGAUCUUAUUGUGUGCCCCGAGGGCACCACCUGCCGGGAGCCGUACCUACUAAGGUUUAGCUCGCUUUUUGCGGAGGUGGCCGACGACAUCGUGCCGGUGGCGGUGGAUACCAAGGUGAGCAUGUUCCACGGGACCACGGCGACGGGGCUCAAGUGGCUGGACCCGGUGUUCUUCUUGAUGAACCCCUGGGCGGAGUACAGGGUGGAGUUCCUGGAGAGGAUGCCGUCGGAGCUGACAUGCACCGGGGGUUGCAGUGGGUGGGAUGUGGCAAACCGGAUCCAGAGGCGGCUGGCCGACGCACUGGGGUUCGGGUGCACGACGCUCACCCGGAAGGACAAGUAUCUGAUGCUGGCCGGGAAUGAAGGGGUGGUAAAGCAGUGACUUUCUAAAGUGGCACAUUGUUGCUCUACUCUCUGCUAGCUCUAAGCUCCCCCUAUAUAGAUCAUACAAUCAGU